UGAUGUUCUCCGAGAGGGAGGGAGAGACGGAUCUAUUCCUUAUAACUUGUAGCAGCGUGAGGUCCUGGCAGGCUUUGGGGGUGGUGGUGACGAAAUGCGGGGAAGAUGGGAGUCGCUUCUUUGCCCAAGGAGACUUGGGCAGGGUUUCAGCUGUUGGGUUUCUGUGGUGCUUCUCGUUUUUGUGCCACGUUUGUGGGAAGGAGAACCUCUGGAGGAUUUUAUUAUCUUGGAUUUUGAAGUUUUAUGGAUAAAGCUUAAUACAGGUGGUUUCUUCAGGACAUUACAUUACAAAACUCCUUAUCCAGUGUUACCUUCGCCCAGCAGUAUACUGGAAAACAGAUGAAGAUGUUCAACACUUGCUUCCUUUUGUACUAUUGGACUAUCAUCUUACUAGCAGCUUUGGCAACUGCUGAAAGUUUCACUAACAGAACUUUAAACCACACUAACAUGUUUGUCGGAUCUGUGCCUGUCAUCACCUCCAGAAUUGAUCAUGUGAUAGUCAAAGAAGGUUACAGUGCUUUGAUUGAUUGCAACAUUCAAGGAAAUCCAGGGCCAGAAUACAAGUGGUACAACUCUAAUGGCCAUUUGGUGAAAGACAAUGGGGACAGAGGGAAAUGGAUUCUUGACAACGGGCAACUAAACAUUACUAGUGUGUCAUUUGAGGAUCGAGGAAAAUAUACAUGUGUUGCUUCUAACAUAUAUGGCCAAGUGAACAAUACAGUCACUCUUAGGGUUGUUUUCACCUCUGGAGAUAUGGGGGUCUACUAUAUGAUUGUAUGCCUUGUAGCAUUUACCAUUGUUUUGAUAUUAAACAUUACUAGGCUAUGCAUGAUGAGCAGCCACCUGAAAAAGACUGAGAAAGCAAUCAAUGACUUCUUUCGGACAGAAGGUGCCGAAAAACUGCAGAAGGCUUUUGAGAUCGCGAAACGUAUCCCUAUCAUCACUUCAGCAAAAACACUUGAGCUUGCUAAAGUAACACAGUUCAAGACCAUGGAGUUCGCCCGCUACAUUGAGGAACUAGCAAGGAGUGUCCCACUGCCACCACUUAUCAUGAAUUGCAGAACAAUCAUGGAAGAAAUCAUGGAGGUGGUGGGGCUAGAGGAGCAGGGCCACAAUUUUGUAAGGCAGUCAGCGGAAGGACAGGAGACCACUGAGACCGAGGAGAUGUACAUGAUCCGCAAUCCCUUAAAGCGUAGCAACUCUAUCACGGCUGAUUCAGAUGCAUCUUCUUUGCAUGAACCGCCACUCAAGAUUGCAAUUAAAGUAUCUGUUCACCAGUUAACAAAAAAGGACUGUAUUGAUGACCAGUCACAAGAGAGUGUGCAAUUAGAAAUUAAAGAAGAGAGGGAAGAGGAGAACGAAGAGGUUGCCCAAGCACCAACACAGCCUUCUAACCAAGUCUUGGAGCCUUCUGGUCCAGUUUUGGAGCCUUCUGCUGGACUCAGCCCUACUGAUCCAGAUCUGAGAAAUGAGAAGAACACAUGCACUAUUUAUGAAAGCCAUUUAUGACUGUUUCUGCUCAAACCUAUGCAUAGCAAGAAAUUAGCUGGAGCAUUCUUUUUUUUUUCGGGGGGAAGAGUUUUAUUUGCCAGUAAGCCUUACCUGAAGACUAUCACAGCAGACGCAUGUAUGUGGAUUUCUUGGCACUUUAUUGCUCAUUUAUAAAACUUACAUUUAGCCAGCAGAUUUGACAAAAUAAUUGCUGUUACACUAAUAUUUAAUUGUUGUUUUAGGUUCAGAACACUCUUUUUUUAUGCUCACGAAAAGUUUACCUCGAUAAUUAGUUAGUCAGUCCUGCUUGCAGUGGGUACUGAGAAUUGGUGUGUAGAGUGCUUAGAAAUAGGACUUCUAAGCUUUGAUUUGGAAGAGUUCUGACUUCAGAGCAGGGCUGCUGAAGUCAACAAAACUAUUGACUGUGAUUGGGAGACAGCUCACUUUCAUAAACUGAGGAAUCAAGCUAUUUUCUCAAUUUUCAUUGUCCCUUGCAAAUUCUUGUGACUCUGCUUCCAUGAUUAGGAAAAACUGUUGAAGAGGGAAUGUUUUCCUAGCCAGAGCAAGGUCUUUUUUUCCCCCAACUGCCUGUACUGGAGUGUAGUAAAGAAAGCCAAAUGCUUUUAUUUCAUUUGAAGACACACACUUUGUAUUCAUUGCACUGAUGUGGGAGAAAGCCCAUCCUCCUCUUUUUUUUUAUUUUCUGUCCCAUUUUGAAAGAAGGAAACUUGGCAAAUAUUCCUUCUCAGAGAGGGUGCACAGUCCUCUUUUGUUGCAAAGGGGUGAUUUGGCAUGAGCCAGAAAGCUGCAUAUGAACAAUAGCUGCAUUCUGAAACACAGCUACCCCCAAACCGUUUGCCAGCUGUGAUGGGAACAAGCAAAGGAGGAUGAGAACUCCUUGUAUAGGAAAGCAAACUGUCUGGAAGUGAAGCUUCUCAAGUUCCCUCAUGACAAAUGAGAGCUGCAAACAUCUUCUCUUGCCCAAAGUUUGGAGAAGUGAUGUUUUGGACUACAAGUCCCAGCAUUUUCCAGCCUUCACCACCAGUACUGUCUGUGACCCUGUUGGUUUGGGAGAAUUCUGGAAGUUAUAAUUCAAAAAUAUACUCUUCCAAACUCUGGCUCUUCAGAGGGGCAAGAAACCUAUCUGUCUUUGUCUCUGGUUACGCCACCCCCUCUGUGCAAAGGCUUUUAUUAAUGAGAUGGGAAUUCAGGAAACCAUGUGGGUUUUUUUUACUAUUCAUAUGGAAACAGCACUUAAAAUCUACAGUUGGGGAACUGGAGGACAGAAUUACUUAUCUAGACGUGUUUUCAUGGAGUUAAGCCAUUUUGUUGUCUGUGAAGUCAGUGGAUCUGACUGUACAGUACUAGCAUUACAGGUGGACUGAGACUUGAAGACUUCUGGAGACAGAAUAACUUAAUUACUUAAAUGGAUAUGAGAAAUGGCCAUUUCAGUCACUCAGAAAGGAAUAAAGUGGCAACUUAGAAUCACCUUGGACCCUUUAAAUAGAAAUUGUGAUCUUUGGGAUGGUAAUUCCUAACUUGCAUUUUAAUUUUAUGGCCUAGAUCAGGAAUGCUCUAAACCAAAAUGCAGACAGACCUUUUAUUGUCUUUGCAUUGGUGACUUGAUUGUUACUGGGAGCAACGUGUCAUUUGAGAAGUCUUAAUUGCAGCAGUAAAACUGCCUGCAAAUGUGAUACGUUAUUGGCAUGUGUAAAAUGGCCUGAACAAUGUUUCAUGGAGCCCUUUUACUGGAUUAGCUACAUGAUAAAGAGGAUAGGAUUCCUAAACAUUUUGAAGCUGUGUGCAAAACAGAAUUUCAACAGGUGUAACUUAUAUCGCAACCAAUACCUCCUGAAAUUUUCAAUUAUGCACAACUAUUAAAGCAAGGGUAUGUUAUGUUAUGAGGCUGCAGUUCCCAUCAGGCCUAGCCAGAAUAGCUAAUGGCAAAGGAUGCUGGGAUUGGCAGUCCCACAGCAUCUGGAAGCUGCAUUUUGCCAGAAGAAGCAUAUAGCCCUGUCUCUUUUUUUUAUGCAUCCAUUCUAACUUCCAUACAAACUGUGGUUUCACAUGCAAUGACAACCAUGGCAUCAGCAUAACACAAGUACAGAUGCUUAGCAUCUACAUGGUAUGAACACUGGAGCAGAGCCAUAGCUAGCAAUUUUUGCACCUGAGGUAACAGCACUCUCUUCCCCCCCCCCAUUCCCCCAGCACCCUGCCAUCAGGCAUGGACAUGAAAACCACCACCACCACCCAUGAAAAAGAGAGAAGAGAAUGUGGCUCCUUCCCCCUCCACACAAAAAAAGAGGAAAAGUCCAUGUUUUCAGAAAAAUAAAAAUAAGGCUAAGAAGUAUUGUUUAUUUUUCCAACAUUCACUGGUAUUUUUGCCUCUAGAUUUCUGGCACCUUUUAAAUUUUGAUGCUGUGGGGCAAAGCCCGAAUUUCUGCAUCUUAGUUACAGUCCUGGUUAGGAAAAGCUUACGUCUUCAAGAGUGAAAUUACCUUCUUUUCCUCAUUUUUUUUUCAGAGUUUGGAAAAUGUCUCUGUUUGGAACUAUAGCUCCUAGAAACUUCUAGCCACCAUAGCUAUUUUUUCUUUUUUAAAGAAAUACUUUUAUUUUGUUUUAAUUCCUUGGUAUUCUGGCAAUACCUAAAUAAUUUUCAGUAACACAAGAUGCACUUGUUCUCAUUUGUGUUGAUAUUAUCUUUACCACCUCCCACAAAUCUGUGCUAAAAAUGUUACAUUUUUAUUUAGGAGGAUGUCUGCUUUGCCCGUAACAGACCUGCUGCAGACAACUUCAUUCUGUUUUAAAAAUUGUGGUCCUUAAUCCACAAAACUGGGGUUUGUUAUGGUGUCAUCUCUUCCAGCCAGAAUAAGAGGAGAAAAAUUUAUUUAUCUGCAUAACUGAGUCAAAUGUUCCUUUUUCUCUUUUUACUGCCUAAUCACUGAAGAGGGUGGUAUGCUGCAGUACUGUACAGUACAAACAAAUUAUCUUGCUUUUAUAGCAGACAGGACAAACUCUGCACUAGUACUUGAUUGAUAGAGACCAAAUUUUGAUUUUACAUCAAAAUGCUAGUUCUUUGAAAACAGCUUGAUUUGCUUAGGGACUCCAAGCAAUUUGGAUUAACUCUAAUAUGCAAACUCCUUUUCUGUGCAUUGUUUCUCCUUGACAGGCUAGGAUAUUUUAUUUAAUCAUCUGUAAUGAUUCUGUCCAGUGGACAUGUUCCCCAUUGCCACUUGUGUUGAGUAUUUAUUUUUUGAUACAUCAGAAUCAACCCCCAGUGAAAAAACCAGUCUCUGGACCCCAGAUAUUUCAUUUAACCUAUAAAAUGUUUUCUUUCCUUUCCUUUCUUUUUUUACAAAGUUAUUCUGAUGUUCCCCAUUCCUUUUUUAAAAAUGUGAUCCUUAUUCUAAUUGACUAGAACCGGGUAAUGUAACUAGGUGCUAAAGGAUGAUUCAGUUAUUGAACAUCCAGGGGGAGUGUCAUCUUCUGUUUCUUGAGUAACAGCCCUGUCCGUGUCUGCUCCCUUGCUGCAUCACAAAUGAUACCUUGCAGAAGCCAUUUAUGCUAUAGGGUGGUGGUAUCCUUUUUAGAGGGGAGGAAGCUAGAUGUACAGCAAGUCUCUGAAUAAUUAAAAAGAAACCUCUUCACACCUUGACCCAUUUGCUUAUUUUACAGGAUGGAUGAAAAAAAAUGUAAGCAUUUCUUUGUUCCACCAACAUAGGUAAAUUUUGUCCAGAGACUAAGCUUGCAGUCUUGUAUCUGGCUACUGGUUAAACCUGACUGAGGUCAGUGGGACCCAGUAGGAUCAACUAAGUUUAGAUCUGCAAAUUUCCAAGUGUGUUGUGUUACCUGCUCUCAAGUUGAAUCUGACAUAUAGUUACCCUUAUAGGGUUUUCAAGGUAUGUAAGAUAUUUAAGGAGCUCUUUUACCAUUGCCACCACACUCACCCAUUUCAGUGAUUUUCCAUGGCCAAGUGAGGAUUUGAACCGAGAUAAUUUUAUCCACUGCAUACUGGUUUUCAAAAUUUAAUUGUUGUGUGAUAUUUUGUGGCCCUAGCUGGCUGGUUGGUCAGUGAAUUAGAUAUUUGGCUACAGAGCCUCUGGUUGUGCGCUUGAUUCCCCACUGUGCCUUUUCGGAAAAUGGCCACCCUGUGUAGCCUCAGACAAGCUGCAGGGCACCCCCAAAAGAAGGGAAUGAAAAGCCACUUCUGAGUACUUUAUAUCUAGGAAACCCUGGAAAGGGUCACCAUAAGUCAGAAUCAACUUGACAACAAAUAAUUAUCAUAGUAGUGAGGCUACCAGGGUUAAAUUUGCAUUUCUGAAAGCAACUAUAAAAAGGUUGUUCUUCCUGACAUUUUACCAGUCUUUGAGGACAGAGUUCCUACUCCAGUCCUCUGAAGAUGCC